CUUCAUACGUUCGACCUUUCCUCGCUCUUUUUCGCGCUGUUUUAAUCCGAUUCUUAUAGACUUUUCUAGUUUAAGGUCAAGGUGAUAUCAUGUGAGGGUUGUUCUGGCAGAAGUCUUCUUCCUUCAACACACUGAGAAUCUGAUGAUGAUAAUUAUUUUUUGUCGGAAAGAGCUUGCCAAACUGCACUUGAUGAACCAUUUUCGACAUUUUCACGACGUUGUCGAUUGUAAUGUCCCCUUGAUAUUGGUACCUUACAAGGCCAUUAUACCCUGACAUAUUAGAUAACCAUCUCUCUUCUUUAUCGGAAAUCUCUAUCCAAUCUGAGCUGCAAAGAAUGGCGCUUUCCUCGGUAAUCCACGAAGAUACAGGAGAAUGGAGAAUACAUGAGAACUUGGAUGAGCUUAGGACUGAUUUAGCAGACUAUGUUGCCGAAUUGUCAGAGUCAUAUGUUAAGGAGAGAGGGGUAUUCUGUAUUGCUUUGUCUGGUGGCUCUCUCAUCGAUUUACUGAGGAAAAUUUGCGAAGCGCCUUACAACAAGACUGUUGACUGGGCUAGAUGGCAUAUCUUUUGGGCAGAUGAGCGUGUCGUCUCUAAAAACCACCCUGAUAGCAAUUACAAGUUGGCAAAGGAUGGAAUUUUGUCUAAGGUGUCCGUCAUUCCCAGCCAUGUGCAUUCACUGAAUGACGCGGUGUCUGCUGAAGCGGCUGCAAACGAGUAUGAAUUCACUAUCCGGCAGCUAGUGCGGACCCGCGUAAUAGACGUAUCGGAGAUCAGUGACUGUCCCAAAUUCGACCUCGUUCUUCUGGGAAUGGGGCCCCAGGGCCAUGUGGCCUCGCUGUUCCGUGGCCACAAUGCACUCAACGAGAAAGACGAAUGGGUGACCUUCCUAACCGAUUCGCCGAAUCCCCCUCCGGAGAGGAUCACAUUCACCUUACCGGUGAUCAACUCAGCAUCCAAUGUUGCUGUAGUUGUAACGGGGGAAAACAAAGCAGGGGCCGUUAAGUCGGUAAUGAACAGUGCAGGAACUGGCUGCUCGUUGCUGCCUGCACAGAUGGUAAGGCCAGCUUCACGUAAGUUGGUGUGGUUCCUGGACAGCGCAGCUGCUUCGGAACUCGACAUUUCUCCAUGUUCCUAGUAGGGUCGAGAUCUUGCAGAUAAAGUGGAGCUUUUGAUGUAGCAAAGCAAAUUUCACCAAGAUCUUUUCUGUGUUUUCUCCCCUCUCCUAUUGUCAACUGGGAAAAGUUAAUUUCCUUCGGUUGUAUUUCUAAUCCUCUUUGUUUAGAGGCAGCAUGAUCACACCCUGCUAACCGAGUCCUGACCCUCAGCUGAAAGCCUCUUCUGUGGUUCCUUUGGUUACUCGAGAUCAUGGAACUCGCCGUCGGGCGAAGCCGGAUGCUGCAGUUCUCAACUUCUCAUGGCAAAACCUCUGAUGAUCUCUCUUAGACUGCUUGUAUUGGGAAAUCAAUGGACUGAAAUUCAAA